GGCAACAUCUCUGCUCAGUUGUUUUGGUUCUUGCUUUAUGGUGUGUUAGGGAAAGAGAGGGUGAAAAUGAAGCUCGAAGGCCAAUUGAAGGAGUUCACCAUCAUUGGGCGCAAGCUGCCCACAAAGAUUGACACUAAUCCCCAGCUCUACAAGAUGCGGAUUUUUGCUCCCAACAUAAUUGUGGCAAAGUCGCGCUUCUGGUAUUUUUUGAGCAAGCUCAGGAAAGUUAAGAAAUCCAGUGGAGAGAUUGUUCAAGUCAAGCGGGUGCACGAGCCAGAACCAACCAAGGUGAAGAACGUGGGUAUCUGGCUGCGCUAUGACUCGCGUUCAGCAACGCACAACAUGUACAGAGAGUACCGUGACCUGACCAUGGCUGGUGCCGUCACUCAGUGCUAUCGUGACAUGGGUGCUCGUCAUAGAGCUCGUGCUCACAGCAUCCAGAUCAUGAGAGUGGAGGCGAUCGAACCAAAGAAGUGCAGGCGGCCACACACUCUGCAGUACAUCAACAAGAACCUGCGCUUCCCCAAGCUGUACAAGCGCACCAACGACCCUACCAAGCCUCGUAUCCGCCACAAGAUCCCUCAGCUCGCCGUGUUCUAAAUACAGGCUGGUCUCGGGUG